AUGUAUGUGUUCCCGUUCCCUGGAAUAAAGACCUAUGUGGACCCUGACACGUAUGAGGACCCCACGCAGGCCGUCCACGAGUUCACCAAGGAGAUCGACCCCUCCAGGAUCCGCAUCGAGAGGGUGAUCGGAGCCGGUGAGUUUGGCGAGGUGUGCAGCGGGCGCCUCAGAACCCCAGGGAAAAAGGAAAUCGCCGUGGCGAUAAAGACCCUGAAGGGCGGCUAUGUGGAACGUCAGAGGCGGGACUUCCUGCGCGAGGCGUCAAUCAUGGGCCAGUUUGACCACCCCAACAUCAUCAGGCUGGAGGGGGUGGUUACCAAAAGCAGGCCUGUGAUGAUUGUGGUGGAGUACGUGGAAAAUGGAUCACUGGACUCGUUUCUGAGGCAACACGACGGUCACUUCACUGUCAUCCAGCUGGUUGGCAUGCUGCGUGGCAUCGCCUCGGGCAUGAAGUAUCUGUCUGACAUGGGCUACGUUCACCGAGACCUGGCAGCUCGAAACAUCCUUGUCAACAGCAACCUGGUGUGUAAAGUGUCAGACUUCGGCCUGUCCCGAGUUCUGGAGGACGACCCGGAAGCUGCUUACACCACCACGGGUGGUAAGAUCCCCAUCCGGUGGACAGCUCCCGAGGCCAUCUCAUACAGGAAGUUCUCCUCAGCAAGCGACGCGUGGAGUUAUGGCAUUGUCAUGUGGGAAGUAAUGUCAUACGGGGAGCGGCCAUACUGGGAGAUGUCCAAUCAGGAUGUGAGUACUGUUGACAUCACAAUGGUUGUCUCCCUACCUCGGAGAGAGAGGAGGGGUGCAACAGAAAUGCUGGGGAGAUAUACCAAAAGGAUGAAAAGGGAGAGGGAGAGGGAAAGGAAAAGAGCAUUCAAGGUCAGAGGUUCAGAGGACAUGGUUCUGAUAGAGGGGGAGUUUAAAGCUGUGGAUUCAGUGUGGCUGAGCAACCCGCUGAUCCCAGGGCUGUGGUCAGGGAUUGAAGGGGCCAUGGAGGAAGCAGAUCCAUCCCUCUCUCCGCUGAGUAUGAAAGCUCCACCGUAA